AAGGAACAUGAUCAAAGCAAACUGGAAGAUUGACAGACGGAUUAGAACUGUCAAUGUCAGCUAGCAAAUUUUGUGAUUUGUUCGCGAUUGCUGGCAGGUGAAAAUAUUCGAUUAUUGCGAUUUUCUUUUGAAACAUUGCCAGAGAAGUCUUAACAAUUUGAAACAUUAAACAUCAAAUUCGGCUAGGAAGUGCAUAUUACUUUGUAGGUUUAAUAAACAAAUCAUCAAGAAAUUACACAAAAAAUAUUGUAGUAGUUGCAAAAAGUACAAGGGAAAAUCGAAGUAAAACGCAAAAAAAUAAAACUUUCUUUUCUGCCAUUAAAAUUGGCGAAAGCAAAGCAGCUGUUGGAUUAAGCAGUGACUUUGAAAAAGUGUCAAUAAUAUAGUGAAAACGAAGUAAAAGUAUUUCAGUGCAUUCUAUAUAUACUAGAUCCGUCAGGCUGUCGCCGGAAAGAAGCGGUGCAUUCACAACUUGUGGGCGUUUCGUCAUCAUAGUCAGUUAACGCUGCCACCACCGUCGCCGUAACGCAUGACUCGUUACCCACUUCGGGUGGAUGCGCAAUUCAUUUUGCAAUAGCAAGACAACCCAUUAUCAACGUGUAAUUUUUUACUAUAUCUGCUGUGCAGCAUCCGCAAAGUUUCCAUAUUUGUGGUUGACAGUUCCGCCACCUUAGUGUGGUCAACCAAUUGUCAUCAACAUGAAGAAGAUCUUUUCAAAAUUCGAUAAAAAUGAAAAAUUGGAUAACUCGCACAAUCACUCCACAUCGAAGGAGACCAACAGUUUUGUUGGUAAAGUAUUUACAGUGGGACGUGUAAGUGUGACCGUGGAAGAUGUGCUCGCUGAAGGUGGUUUUGCCAUGGUCUUCCUCGCUAAAGCGAACACAGGCAAUACAAAAUAUGCGCUGAAGCGUAUGUAUGUGAAUAACGAGCACGACUUGAACGUGGCCAAGAGGGAGAUUCAGAUCGCUAGUAAUCUAAGCGGUCACAAGAAUAUUAUAGGCUACGUAGACUCGAGCAUUACGCACACCGGUAACGGUGUAUGUGAAGUACUGUUGCUCAUGCCCUACUGCAAGCAGCACAUGCUGGCCAUGAUGAAUGCAAGAUUGCAGGUUGGCUUUAACGAACAGGAAGUUCUCACCAUAUUCUGUGAUAUUUCAGAGGCAGUGUCACGCUUGCACUAUUGUCAAACCCCAAUUAUCCAUAGGGAUUUGAAAGUUGAGAAUAUACUGCAGAAUGAUGCUGGUAAUUUUGUACUCUGCGAUUUUGGCUCAGCCACAGGAAAAGUUUUGAAUCCGCAACAACAUGGCGUCACAUUGGUUGAAGAGGAAAUCCAAAAGUAUACAACAUUAUCGUAUCGUGCGCCCGAAAUGAUCGAUCUCUAUUCUGGUAAAAGUAUUACAACUAAAGCGGAUAUCUGGGCACUUGGUUGCAUGCUAUACAAAUUGUGCUUUUUCAAUUUGCCCUUCGGCGAAAGUACAUUGGCCAUACAGAAUGGUCAAUUCUCCAUACCAGACAAUUCCAAAUACUCAAAAGGCAUGCAUCAAUUGAUUAAAUAUAUGCUCGAACCCGAUAUGGAUAAGCGACCGAAUAUUUGGCAAGUGUGCGAAGUGGUAUUCCGAUUGGCUGGCAAAGAGAAUCCAGUACAAAAUUUGCACAAAUCUCCACCACCAAAUUUCGAACAACUCGUCAUCCCUCCAUUUGAGUCCGAAGCGAAACGCUUAUCUGCUGUUGCCGCAUCAAAAACACCUAAGCCUCAAAGUGUGCCGAUCGUCGAGUCCGGUACGAGUGUAGCGCCUCGUCAACGCCCGAAAGGUUCCACUGCUGUACAUGGUCCAAAUCCACUGGGUCUUGGAUUGCCGCCAAGUCCAUCGCCACGCAAUAAUAUAACAUCGCCACAGCCACAACAACAACCGAUAGUUGAACAAUUUCAAGCGAAUUUUCCACAAUUGGCACCACCAGUUGUGCCACCACAACCAAUACAACAACAGGCAGCAGCAACAACAACCGUGUCUGCAGCCACAGUAGUCAUGCCGGCAACAACACCACAAACCUCUACUAUUGUAGUUGCCGCAACUCCCACAGUUGCACCACCACCACUACCACAACUAACACAACAAACUGUCAACCAAACCGGUAUAACCAACACGGCAGCAAUCGCAGCACAACAGCAACAACAGCCGCCGCCUGAAGUGCUGAAUAGCCUCUUUGAGUCGUCUGUAUAUCCAGAUCCGUUUAGUGAGAAUGCACCGGUAGCAAUGAAAAAUACAACUGUAGACACAGUCGCAUGCAGCAGUGGUUUGGGUGUUGGUGUGGGUCUGGGCCUGGGCAUGGGUGGGCUGGGCGACGGUUUGGAUAAUAUAGCUGUGAGCUCUCUGUCAGCACAUCAUACAACUGUCGGCAGCACACCAACAAAGAGUAGUAUGCUGACUGUGUCGGGCGUGGGCCCAAGCUCUGGUAGCAGUGGCACCUCCGGACAUCGACGCAAUGUUAGCGAUACGUCUGCCUUUAAUAAAACUUUCGCCAACGAGACUUCUCAAUUUCUGGCGCCCUAUGAUCAUUCGGUCAAGAGUCGUGCGUCACACGCGAACGAUGCCAGUGGCGGCGGUGGCGACGACAGCAUGCUGGUCAAUGCAAUGGCCAAUUCUGGCACGAAUUAUGGUGGCUCGAAUCCAGGACUCUUUCUACCACCAGCACAAACGUUGCAUAUGCAAGGCCAAGGCGCCGCCGCCAUGUCGGCAUCAAUAUCGAAUGCUGAAUUGACAAGCGCUCAAGUGCUGCGUAGCAACAUAGAGACUAAUAAUAGUUUGGCACAUACAAACGUCGAUGCAGCGGCUGCGAAUCAUGCCAGUGGCAGUUCAUUAGGUAAACGCAUCGAGGCUUGGAAUCCAUUUGAAGAGCAACCAUUCGGACAAAUGACAGAAGAUCAUAUAUUCGAAGCAGAAUUUGAUAAGAUACGCCAGCGUGGCAGUCAAGGAAGUAUCACAGCUAAGUCUGCAUCGACUACUUCAACUCUAACGCCUACUGAAGGUUAUGCGACAAGUAUGCCUGCAACGCAAACGCAAACAACGUCGCAACAACUACAACAACAACCACAAACACAACUUCCGGUCACGGUCACGCCGUUCGGCCCAACAGUUGCCGGCGGCGGCGGCUCGGUUACAGGUGGCGGCAGCGGUAGUGUCAAUGCCGCCGUGGCACACAUACCCGAGGAUCCAUUCGGUUCGGCGCCAUUCAGCUUGCCGGCCGGAUUGCGCGAGAAAGCAACAACGCUGCGUAAAACUGGAGCUAAAUUUAUCGUCACCGGUGGUCCUUCGGCAUCUAUGGCUUCGUCUAGUGGCGGCGCGAGUGGCAACAUAACGGCGGCCUGUGGCACUACCUCAUCGACCGCUUCGUCUAAAUGGCUGCUAUCACCCACGCUCGAAGUGUCGAGUGAAGAAAAAACUUCUUUGAUAAAUAAUCUCAAAACAGAUUCGGAAGGUGGCGCUGACGGUGCUUUAGGCGAUGCACUACAUUGUAUUGGUGGUGGUGGUGGUGAUGGCGAUUCUGUGGCCACAUUGGCCGGUGUAGCAUUGCCGAGUGGUAAUUUUGUCAAACUUCCAUUAGAGGAUCGUAAUAAAUAUGAGAAAUUGCGUAGUAAUGAUAAUCCCACUUCGGAUGAUUCCGAUUCGGAAUAUUUUCAAGAAGACUACGGCAAUACCACUGGACCCAGCAGCACAAAAGCGAUUUUCAAGCAAAUUGUCACCAAUAAUAUACCAGAUACUAUACAUAAGAUACAGCAAGCUGCAUAUCACAAAGUCGAUAAGACACAGUUAAAAGUGCCUAUAGUUAAGAAAUUACGUCAUUCCACUAAGAAACCAACAACAGCCGCCCAGCAAGCUGCUCAACAAGUUAACGCCGCCUUAGAGCAACAUGAGCAACAGCAACAGCAAGCGGCUGCAAUUGCUGCCGCUGCAGCAGCUGCUUCCGGUGAUAAGUCGGAUAGCGAAGAUUCGAUCGGUUCUGCAAGUGAUUUGCGUGCCGAAGAUGAUGACUUUUUCGACGAGAACGAUGUGCAAACGCGCAAUACAAAACUACGACGUCCCGUCAUGGAUAUGGAUGGGAUAAGUGAGAGUGUAAAGACGUGUAGUUCAUCGGCUUACCAUGCGGAAUGUGAAAGUGUUACUACGCACGAAGAUGAUGUUAGUCGUGUGUUGGUUAAGGUGCGUAUGCGUAAGAAGGAUCGCACUGCGGCCGCUGUGGCUGCUGCUGCUGAAGCGAGUGGCAUUACAGCGCGCGAUGAUGAAAGUGAGUUGAGUCCGACAUCUAAUGAUUUUCUAAAUAAAUUCGGCGAUAAACCAUUAUUGCUCGACGAUGAAUUAGAUUAUGGUUCUGGUGAUUCCGAUUCGAAGGGUAAGAGUAGUAAUGAGACAGAAGAAUCGCCUGAAAAUGCGCCGUUACCGAAUUUAGUCUCAAACGCCAAUAACCAACCGGAGGAGUUGGAUGUGUUUGCGAUGGCGCCGUUUAAGAUGCCCGUGGGCUUACCUUUGAAAAGACGUACUUCCAAAAGUCAACGUUCGCUGCCCAAAGUGCCGGCCCGAAAUCCACCGGUGCAAUCGCAUUCCGUGGAAAUUUGGACAUCGACACCAGUAAAAGGUGUCGAUAAACGCACCAACUCAGUGGAUAAUUUUGCAAAUUUUCCUUCGGGUCCCUCACCGCAGUUGGACGAAUUUAAUGAACCAUUUUUCAAUCCAUUUGCCGAACCGAAAAUUAAUCCGAACACAGUAAUACCCAAGUCUCACGUACAAAGUUCGUCGAAUUUUGGCACUGUCACCGUUAUAUCGAACGCGGCAGAAGAGCCCAAAGAACCUACUACAGUAAAGCCACUACCAACAACAAACUUUGUGCCCAAUUUUCCAGCAACGGAGCGACCGAUUAUCGAGCCAAAGCUACCAGCUAGGGAAGUGUAUGCACCGGAACAAGAUCUCUUUGGUUCCGAACCAUUUCCACAGGUAAUUCGUAAAUCUAUAAUUGUGAACCCCAUAGAAGGUAUCAAUGACAGCGUUACCAGAAAUAAGAAUAACAAUAAUAUUGUGCAAAUAAAACAAGUCCAAGCAACAGCACCCAAUCCUUUGACUCAAACACAAAACCAACAUUCCGGUUUGACAACCAUUCCGGCGCCCUUUGGCGCACCAACAGUUCCACAGCCCAGUGGUCCUGCGCCACAACUUGUUACAAUUAACCAUUCAAUAAUUAUCAACAAAACACCCGAACCAUUGUCGAACUCCUCACUGCAAUACCGCAAUAAUAUCAAUUCAAUUCAAUUAAAUGCGUCCACAGCAGCGCUUCCAUUGAAUGUGUCAUCAAGUGGUGGCGCUACUAGCGCCUAUAUAAAAUUGCCUGCAACUAUAGCGACGAGCGCAAACAAUAUUACCACCGCCA